AUGCCUGUUUCUGGCCGCGCGGCACCUCGCACUGGAAAGUCCGGUGUGCUGGUGAACGACCACUCCAGCAGCAAUGUGAGUCAGGAGGAGCAGCAGCAGCGUGCUGAAGAGGCGUCAGAGGAAGAGAAGAGAAAAGAGGCGGAGGCGACGCAGAAACGUCUCGAGGCCGACCUGGAGAAAUUGCAGGGUGAGAAUACAGCGCUCGAUACUGCCAAGCAGGGACUUGAAGCGCAGCUCGGCACGCUUUCGGCUGCCAACGCCCAGCUGGAGAAGGACAAGGCGGGGUUGGAAAGGAAUAUCGGCAAUCUGAACCGCACGGUGGACGAUCUCAAGGCGCAGAUCGGCACUCACGAAAACACCAUCGCCGAUCUACAGCGCCAGAUCAGAGAGGCAACCACUCUCAACGAUGAUAACAACCUCAACCCGGAAUACCACGGCAAGGUUGUGCGACUCGUUGUUCCGAACACUGACCUGGUGGCCACCAUGAUAAAUCCCGUCAUAUUCGCCCGCAUCAACAGCUCAGAGGCCGAGUUUGUCGUCCUCCACAAGGUGCAUCCCUGGGACCGCAAGUCUGCCUGGACGAUCAGCCGCAACGGCACAGAAUACCUGGGAGAUUCUUUCCAUACGAAUGGCGGUGCGCUCGUGUUCCCCACCAGCAGAGGAUCGGGAGACGAGGCGAGAAGUCGUGAGUGGCUCAUUGCCCAGCGGCCAGGCGACCCGAAUGGAUUCAUUAUCAAGAAUUGCAAGGAAGGAAAGGUUUUGCAGAAGCAGGCAGGUGUUUCCGUGAAUCUGGGUGUGGCGAGAAUUGAUGCGACCUGUCUAAUCCUAGCGGAUGCUAAUAAUUCGGCGGACCAGGUCUUCAACCUUUUGGUUAAAGGUUAA